AUGCCCAACGCUCACUCUCAGGUCCGAUGUUUGUUAUGUUAUUUUUUGAAACGUGCUGAAUUCCAAGAAUGGACGGUUUUAGGCAGCGUCCUGGGUAGUGAUAGUAAAUACCCAGGGCCAAAGUUGUUCCAGGCCACCAAUCUAGUGCGCAUCUGGUAUGUCCUACGCGGGCAGUGGGUGCAUCAAGUCACAGCUCAACACGAGAAAUAUGGUCCUAUCGUGCGUGUCGGUCCAAAUGAGCUGUCAUAUGUCACGGAAGAAGCUUGGAACGACAUAUACAAGACGCGAAAGGGCGAAGAACAAUUGAAGAAGAUCUUUCCACAAACUCCAAAUUCUCAACAUGGGCUCAUGGACAACCCUUUCGAUGACGAACAGGCAGUUUGUCGCAAGAUUCUGGCUUCGACCAUAAAUGAUAAAGCCUUGCGCCAGAAGGAGAGCAUCCUGCAGAAGAAUAUCUCAGCAUUUGUAAUGCAAUUGCAACGCAAGGUGAGAGAUGGGGCCGGCAAGGCGGUGCUGGAUCUUGCCAAUGGCUAUGAAUGUGUUGCUUUCGAUAUCAUCGGUGAUUUAUUCUCGGGUGAGACAUUCGGUUGUCUUAAUAAUUUGGAACUUCCGCCAUUGCACGGCGAACUCGUUGGUGGCCUUAAGCAGCUUGCCGUAGGUACUGCGUUCCAGACGAGUGCCUUGACACGAUUCCUCUUCUUAAGCAGCGAGCCUCCCCCGUUGGCCGCAGUACUGGAAACGACAAGGCGGUUGGAAAAUAGGCAGAAGUCAUUGGAAAAGUCGAAAGAUGAUGUAUUAUCACAUGUAUUUCAGGAAGUCGGUCGACGUAAUGGUAUCGACCAGAAGCUAGCAACUCGUCUUGCAGCUGAUGCGAUUAUUGGUGGGUUUGACACCAUAGCAAUUGCCAUGGUGGGGACGACAUAUUUCUUGGUGAAGAAUCCGUCUAAGCUAGCCAAGGCGACAGACGAGAUCCGCUCCAAGCUAAGAAGUGUUGAUGAUAUCACUCUUGCAAAUGUCAACUCACUGCGGUAUCUGAGCGCCGUUUUUUCGGAGGGGCUCAGACUGUGGCCCCCAGGUCCGGAAACACAGAGAAGGUUUACCAAUGCUCAAGGCAACUUCAUAAAUGGUGAUCUAAUACCACCGAAGACUUUGGUUGGUGUCUACCAUUGGACAGCAGGAAGAUACUCCCGAGCUUGGACAGAUGCAGAUUCAUUCGUCCCUGAACGGUGGCUAGAAGAAGGCAUGAAUGGGAAGUAUGCAAAUGAUCAACGGGGAGUAGUCAACUCCUUCCAGGCAGGUCCUCGAAAUUGCCCUGGCCAAGCUCUCGCCAGCGCUGAAUUCAGGCUCGUUCUUGCAACUUUGCUCUGGCACUUUGACAUCGCUGCCGCAGACAGUGGUGUUCCCGACUGGUCUAAGACGAAGAUUUUUGGUCUACUCGCCAACAAGCAGCCUUUGAUGGUUAAGAUCUCGCCCCGUUCAGCAUGA